AUGGAAUAUUCAGAAGUUACGAUUGCAGGAUUUCAGUUAGGUCACCUGUUGUUGGCGUUCAUAAUCAUAUCAACCUUCUGUCUGGUGCUGUACUACCUAUGGACAUGGCCUUGUGGAAAGAAUGCAGGAGUUGACGGGAGUCAGUCAAGAAAAAGUAAUACCUUACUGCCGACCUUGAAACCUUUGUAUGCCCUUGAACUUGAACCUGGCAUUGUGGUUCUUCAGAGCGAGGACGGAGAGUUCUUCAGGAUUCUGAGAGAGUAUGACAGCGCUGACAAAACCGGAAAUGGAAGCACGUCACUGGAACACCCCAGUUCUGACGCGAACAACCGCUACCUGCUGUCCUACACCCGGGCGCACUACCAGACCCGGCCAUCUGCGCCACACCUGGAUCCCAACAACAGACUGGACCCAUUUGACGAUGGGGCCACUUGGCAGCCCAUUAACACCAUCAGCACUCACCAUGGCUAA